UUUAAAAGAAAUAAGUUUCUUUGUAUUGAAAUCGUAACAAUUACUAUUACCAAAAGAUGGCGUUUUAUAUUUGAGUUUCUAUUGUUCUGUGAUUAGAGACUUCGCCCAAACAAAACUUUCUUAGAAAAUUGCUCUUUCCAUAGGGAGUUAUGAUUCUUGUUGAUUUUUUUUUUCUAUCUCGAAUACUUCUCAUUAUAAAGAAAAAUAUAAUUAAACAAAAGAACACGAUUCCUAUACAUAUUCCUACUAUAGCUGUUGUUCUGUUUUUAUCAUCAUUUUUUUUAAUGCUCUCCAGAGUUGUAAUAGAAGGAUUGAUUAAUUUUGCAGAGGUUGUUUUCUCUUCCGUCAUAUGACUAGAAGUGUUAUAAUCAGAAUAUGUAGAAAAAUGAUUGUAUGUUUGGCUAGAUGAUGGCAUUGAAGAAGUAAUGGCUACAUUUGUUGUUUCUUUAUCUGUCUCAAUAAUAUUUAAGUGCAAUAUAGCCGAUAAAUUAAAAGCUGGAAAUCCUUGGCACUUUCCAGCAAUCGGCCAUUCUCUUCCUGCAUAAGGCAUUUCUAAUACAGUUCUAUUUUUAUCAUUAAUAACAAGAGUCAUCCAAUAAGAAUUAUUGGAUAUUAUUAAUAAUUCAGUUGGCGCGAAUUCUUUUUCUGAUAUCCUUUGAGUACAAGUUAUUUGGAGAUGGGUAGAAUAUUUAAUUAUUGACAUUAUUCCCUUUACUUUGCUUGAUAUUCUGUUUAUAUCCAUACCUUCAUCUUUCCUUAUAGAGAUGAAAGAGUAAGUAUCAGUCUGAGUAGAUAUGAGCUUGAACAGAAUUUUAGUGUGCUUAAACGAUGGAUAAAUGAAUUGAUCUGUAGAGAGCUCAAUGAGAGCGACUGUAAGAGUAACUUUAGAGAAAGGGAAGGCUUCUUGGAAGAUAAAUUGAAUUCGAGAGCUCCCUAGAUCAAUAUCAUUUAAUACUUUGAAACUACUGUUAUAAAAUAAAAGACUAUCAGAGUUAAUAUGAGGACUGGAAAUUGCCAUUUUUUCAGUAUAAUGCUGUAUGGAUCUUGAGGAUGUUAAAUUAUAUAUAAAGAAACCAUAAUCAUUCCGAUCUGUUUCCUUUGAACGAUAGUAAUUUUCGAAUCGGACAGUUUUCAUUCGACACAUUUCAAAUGCAUUUUUUUGCAAUGAAGGAAUAGUCCACGAGUCAAAAACUAAUAAAUCAAUGUUACAAUCGACUUUGGCAAGAGACUGUUGACUAAGAAUAUCUAUUUCAACGACUUGAAAACUAACCAAAUCCAACGUGACAUAUGUAAAAGGUUGAGAAAACUCCAAUAUAUUACACCGAGAGCAUUCAAAUCGGUUAAGUAACCUAUUUUCAAUUUUGUUUAAUGAACACAUCAACUUUUUUAUGCUCGCCUCUUCAAUUUUCACAUUCGUAGCCAAUGAAAAAUUAUCAGAUUUUCCAAAAGCCCAUCUGAUAUCGAAUUCCUCCAAAUGAAUUCUUUUCAACUCCAAAUUUGAUAUAAUGACAUUAUCACUUAUUUCGUUCAAAAACGAAGUCAAAGCACUUCCGUUUACAUUAAUUGCGGAUACUUCUAAUUGCACAGUGUCGUUACGUAAUAAGCGAAAUUCGCAUGAAUUAUUCAAUCCUUUCAAAGUGAUCUUAGAACAGGGCCCUGAAGUAAGAUCUAUUACAACUACUCCUCUUUUGCACGAAUCAAUAACAACUUCUUGAAGUUUAACAUUGUAAAUUAGAAAAAAGAUCAGCAAACUCAGGUAAAAGGACAUAUUUCCUUCAUAGCGGUUUUAUUAAGGCCAUAAACAAGUGAAUACGGAAGGUAGGAGAAAAACUGAAUAGCAGCCAACCGCGGUCCUAUAUUCAUUUGUAGCUUUUUCAAAAGAGGCUUUUAUACGAAGGCUACAAACGUAAGCAGUCUUAUAGAAGCGAUAUUUUCAUACGUAUUCAUUGAUUCAAAUAUUUAAAACACCACUAUUCAGCUUCUUUCCAUCAUACACGAAAACGACAUAACUACUGCAUCUUAUAUACACGUACUUUAAUUUAUGUUAAAAAAUACGAAAUCGUUAGAAAAAAUAUUGUUUUUAUAGUAAAACUUAGAGGUCAAGAUAAUUGUCCUAAAUGUCCUAUCAAAGAUCUAGAAAGACAACAGGAGAUGAGAACCAUAUUAUCAACAAAAAUAAUUUCGUAAAUUGUGUUAUCUAAAAUAUGUUAAAUUCCGAUUCACAAUAACUAUUCAAUUCCUUAUAGAUAUAUAAACAAUAUAUUACCAAUCAAAUCAUAGAAAAGGAAUUUUUUAAUGACUUUUUUAAGCCAAAUACAAUGAGACCGAAUUCAUUACCCUAAAGUAUUCCUAUAACCGUAUUGUAUCUUUUCAACUGUUUAUAUUCAAUAUUUACUCUGCAAACUAUUUUUUGACUUCUGUUCAAUGCCUUGCACGUACUCACUACGCAAAAAAUUUGCUACUGUACAAGAAGAAAACAAAAAUAUUCAACUUUUCAGUCAUUCAUUAGGCUUUCGAAGUAAAUAAUGAACAACGAGGAUGUAAACGAUGAAAUUGAUCGAGUUGCAAAAGAUAACUUGCCAGCAAGAAAACAGACUUCCUUGAAGAAAGAUCGUUCAAAAGUUUCAAAGCUUGUUCAUAGUGAGCGAACGAAACCAACAUUCUCAAGAACUGGAACAAGUGUUAAAGAUGCCGAAACUAACUCAAACGAUCCGGAUUACAAACCACCUGCAUUAUCAAAAAUACCAACAAAUGAAUUUAUCGAAAAUUUCUACUUGAAUGAUCGUCAUUCAGGAAAAAUUUCAACUUCUAACAAUAAUCGACAAAAGAUCAAGAAAGUUUCGACUGGAUCUAGGAACACAUUGGUAGACCCAAACGAAAUGAAGUCAAGAAGCAGUUCCUGCACAGAAAAAACAGUACCAGAAGAAUAUGAAGCUGCUAAAGAGGAAGAUUUAGAGACAAUUCUUGAUUUAACAGAAGAACCUUCUGAAUAUGAUGAAACAGGGUUGAAAAUUUAUGGUAGCGCUUGUCGAAAAUUUAAAGCUCUGCCCUCAAAUUCUCUCCAAAAAAAACUUGCUAAUGCGACUGAAAUUGAUUUUCAAAAUUAUGGACUUGGGCCGAAAGAAGCUAUGGCUUUAGCUAUUCCUCUUGUUUUCAAUACAAAAAUAGUCAAGCUGAACUUGCGUGGAAAUGACCUCAGAGAAGAAGGUUUAAAAUACGUUUGUCAAAUGAUGUCAGAAAAUACAUCUGUAGCCGAUUUGGACAUUUCUGAAAACAAAAUUCAUGCUUUUAAUGGAAGUCGAUUAGUCAGUCGAAUGCUAGUUGAUAAUAGUAAUUUAGUAAGCUUAAAUCUGGAAGAUAAUGGUUUAACUGAUGCUGAUGCUGAAAUGCUUUGCGAAUCAAUUACAGAGCAUGCAGUUUUACGACACUUAAAUUUAAGUCGUAAUGAAUUUGGAUCACCUUCGGGAUACGUAUUUAAAAAAGUUUUAGCUGAAAAUGAAGUGCUCCAAGAAUUGCAUUUAAGAUGGAACAAAAUAAGAAUGCCAGGAGCUUUUAAACUUGCUCAAGGCAUGCAAGAUAAUGUAACAUUGAAAAUAUUAGACUUGUCUUGGAAUGGAUUUGAAGAUAAAGGCGCUUUAGGUUUGGCCGAUGCUCUUAAGAACUGUGUACUUCAAGAAUUAGAUUUGUCUGCUAAUAGAAUUUCAGCUGAAGGAGCUUUGAAAAUUAUUGCAUCUCUGAAAAAUAACAAUGAUUUAAAAAUAUUAAAACUGGGCAGAAAUAAUCUGAAUGAAGAAACAGCAAUUUUGAUGUUAAAUAUGGUGUAUAAACUAGAUGAUUUGACACUGGAAUUACUAGACUUAUCGGAGCUUGUAUUUAGGACAAAGGAAUUUGUAGCUUCUCUUACAAAUCUCCAGGAAAAAUAUCCAGAUUUAACUAUCAAGCAUGGAUAUUCAGAUUCCUACGGUCAAAGAAAAUUAAAAGAAUAUGACGUCGUUGAAGAGGCUAUGAACGCAAUGAAAGAGUACAUGGCUGAAAAUAAUUUAAAUUUAGCUGAAUUAUUUUCAAAAUUUGAUGAAGAUGGCUCAAUGAGCGUCACAUAUGAUGAAUUUAAACAGGGUCUAAAAGAAGCAAAAAUACCAUUGUCGUCUGAGCAAAUAGAGCAACUGAUUAAAGCUUUAGAUCAAGACGGAGACGGUGAAAUCGAUUUUAGUGAACUAGCAACUAAAAUGUGGGCUAAAUAG